AUGCCGGUGGUUUCAAAAGACGCCGACUGUGAGACUCUGCUCGCGAUAAUUCACCAAAAAUUUCCAAAUGCGAGAACCGAUUGUGUUGAAUGCUAUCCACAAAAUCUUGUCUUUAAGGAUCUAAAAGCAUCUCUCAAGUUAAAGCACAUCGGACUACGCGCAGUCUCUCCGUGCUUGAAUGAGCGGGGAACUUUUGAGUUCGGAAAACCUCUCUUCACUUAUCACUUUGUUUGCUUUCAUGGAGAAGGCGACGAGUUGGAAGCGUACGCCGUUCACUGCGCUCCGAAUCCCUUCGUGGUUCGCAAAGUCGAACAUAUCAAUAACAACUGCCCAGGAAGAUACGAACUCAAGAAGAACUUCUGGAACGAUUGUAAAAAUAGCGACCCGUUCGACUUCCGCAAAUCCUAUUUCAUCCCACAGCCAGACCAUGAACCCACUCCAAAGGAAAAAGGUUUCUUGGAGCUUGCCGUCGAUGACUACAAUGUUCUUUGCGAGGACGACCCAUUCAUGCUAGGAAGACUCCAAUUCAUGGCCGAGAAAUUCAUCAAGAAGCAGUUCGAAGACUUGAUGAAGGAGUUUCAUGAGACUCGCAACGAAUACCACUUGGCUCGUGCUGAUUUCUACCGUAAGCUCAAGGUUGAGGUCAUGACUGACGAGGACGUGAUGCUCGCCGCCGCUGCUCACUCGAACUAUUUUCAGCCAAAGCUUAUUGAGAGAAAACUCCGUUUGGAAUAUGCGGAGAAGAUUGGAAGCCUCUAA